UGAUUUAUUUUUGAUCUAACAUAUUUGCAAUCAUUAACAGAAGUUAUUUUUUUUUAGGUUUUUUAACUAGUCAUGAACAAGUUCUUUGAAAUGCAUUUUAGCAGCACACAUUGACUUUAUUGUUUUGUACUGCACUUUUUUUGUACUUUAUUACCCUUAUUGCACCUUAUUACGUGACUCUCUGGAAUCUUGGAUUCUGAUUGGUCAGUUGCAGCAUUCUGUGGUUAAAUAUGUUUGCAUAAUGAUGACUAAACUGUAUAAUUGACCAUUGUCCCAUGGAGAGAAUUUCCUAAAUAGCUGGUGUUAGUUUAAUGUCUCUGGUAUCACUCUUUCUUCACAUUGGAGUAAAACAAUUGAAAGUAGGGGGUAAAUCUCAUUAUGAAAUAAAUGUUUUUCUCUAGUUCAUGCUGGCAACAAUUAUUGGCACCCAAUUAUUGCAGCAUCCUUUCCCAAGGAUAACAGCUCUGAGUCAUCUUCUAUAAUGUCUGAUGAGUUUGGAGAACACCUGACAAGAAAUCAGAGACCAUUCCUUCAUGCAGAAUCUCUCCAAAUCUUUCAGAUUCCCAGCUCCCUGUUGGUGCUUCGCCUCUUCAGUUCACCCCACUCAUUUUCUAUAGGGUUCAGGUCAGGGAACUGGGACGGCCAUGGCAGAAGCUUCAUUUUGUGCUCAGUGACAAAUUUUUAUGUUGAUUUUGAUGUUUGUUUUGGAUCAUUGUCCUAAUGGAAGAUCCAACCACGGCCCAUUAUAAGAUUUCUAGCAGAAGUGGUCAGGUUUCGAUUUUUUAUCUGUGGGUAAACCCUAUCUGGUGGGUUUGCUGCCAAAAAGCUCUUUUUUUGUUGUUACAUCUGACCAUAGAAGCCGGUCCCAGUUUGAAGUUCGAGUCGUGUCUGACAACUGAAUAUGCUGGAGUUUGUUUUUGGAGAGAGGAGGAUUUUCCUUGAAACCAUCCCAAACAGCUUGUGGUAAUGUAGGUGCUGUUUUUUUUUUAGGCUUUCUGACCCAGUGACUCAACUAUUUUCUGCAAUUAUCCAGCUGUGAUCCUUGGAGAGUCUUUGGCCACUCAAACUCUCCUCCUCACCGUGCAUUAGGACAAUAUAGACAUAUGUCUUCUUCUAAGCAGAUUUGUAACAUCUUUAGUUAAUUGGAACUUCUUAAUUAUUGCCCUGAUAGUGGAAAUGGGGAUUUUCAAUGCUUUAGCUAUUUUCUUACAGCUACUUUCUGUUUUGUGAAGCUCAACAAUCUUUUGCAGCACAUCAGAACUAUCUUUGGUUUUACUCAUUGUGAUGAAUGAUUAAGGGAGUUUGGAUUUUGUUUCUUCAUAUUUGUACUCCUGUGGAACAGGAAGUCAUGGCUGGACAAUUUCAUGCUCCUAGUCACCCUGGUAUGCUAAAAAAAAAAAAAAAAAAAAAAAAAACAAAUGAAAAAAAAAAACAAAAAACAUAAAUAUGAAUGUGAAUAUACUUCAGAGAUAUUUUACUUUUUUCUAGGGGUGCCAAUAAUUGUGUGCAGCAUACACUGGAAAAAAAACAUUUAUUUCAUAAUGUGAGUUUCCCUUUCAAUUGUUUUACUUCAAUGAAAGGUUAGAAUUUUGUGAUUUUUUUGAAUGAAAGAUCAAAAGGAUAAACAAUGCAGAUUUAUUUUCACUGCCAUCUUUGCUCAUAUUUACCAAGGGUGCCAAUAUUUCUGGAGUUGACUAUUUAUUUCUUUGUUAAAAAGUGAAAUAUUGUAUAAAAUAUACCCCUUCAGGCUUAUAAAUAUCUUUUCUUCUUUGUGUUCUAAAUGACCCUUUCAGGGAUUAUUUGGCAUAACUGACUGUACAUUAUUCCUUACAUAGUGCUACACUGACUGUACAAUGUCUUGUUGUUUACUUUGUAUGUCUCAUAAAUAUGAUGUUGUUUGCAGUAGGGUGUAUGCCGAGUCAUGUGGUGUAUUUUUAACAGUGUUGGGGUAAUGCAUUACAAGUAACUUGAAGUUACGUAAUCAGAUUACUUUUUCAAGUAACUAGUAAAGUAACCCAUUACUUUUUCAAUUUACAACAAAAUAUCUAAGUUACUUUUUCAGACAAGUAACGCAAGUUACUUUUUCACAUUUAUUGACUGACAGCUCUCCCAUCCCCAUGUUGAGAGAAAUAAAGUGCAGAGGAAGCAAGAAAACAUGGGGUCUGCUACACACACAGUGUGUGUGCUCCUGUGUUUUUGGGUCUCAGGAUCAUGCUACACACUCCAGACCGUGGGUCCAUGUACGGUCAACAGAGAGACGGCUGCAUUUGACUGCAGUGGGAAAACACUUACGUCAAUACCACAGCACAUCUGGAUGAAUGUGACCGAGUUGGAUCUGUCUGACAAUCUGUUAGACUUAACCCACAGUGACAGCUUCAAGCGCCUGAACCUCUUCAGCCACUUGGUCACACUGAACCUAUCAGGCAACUACCUCCCCCUACUGUUAAAAGACCAUCUUUACAGCCUUUCUUCUCUUAAAGUACUAGACCUGAGUAGGUGCAAACUGGCCGUGGUGGAGGCAAACGCUCUGACCAGCCUCUCCAGUUUACAGAUGCUCUUCCUGGGGAACAUUCCAUCUGCAGCAGUUCAAGACCAGAGAUUAAAUCAGUUUGUUCAACUCGGAGGAGAACUGAAUAACAGACAGGAAGUGGGAAACAGAGUAAAGAUGAUCAGAGACUCAAAGCACAUGACACAGGAUGACCACAAUGAUGGAUAUUCUAAGGAAGUCAACCAUGGAGCCUUCCUCCGUAAACUACUCACAGCAGAAACAAACGCUACAAACAGUACAAUUAAUGAGCACAAAGUCAUUGAUGAUCCAAAAACGUCUUCAGAGAGCUGGAAGGUCCUUGUGGCUGUUCUGGUGUCAGCUAUCACCCUCUCUGUUCUUAUCGCUCUGAUGGCCAAAUUCAAAGUUGUGCACAAGUAUCUGGCAAGCUACAGACACUCCAGGCUCAGCGAAGUAGAUGCCACGAGUCAGUGUGACCCUGCAAACUUUGAGGUGGGAUUCUCGAGCCACGGUGGCCCAGGGACUCGUGCAGCUGCAUCUACUAAUGACAUCGAAGAGGAUGACGAUGGGUUUAUUGAAGAUAACUAUAUACAAGCAAGUGAGAGUGAGAGAGCCACAAAAGCAGCAGCAGCACUGACUGAUGAUAAUGAUGAUGAUGAAGAGGAGGAGAUUGAAUUUAGUAUUGGUUAGGCUCAUUAAGUCUAAUCUUAUUUGGUAAAAUUUAUAAUAACUUGCAUUAAUAAGUUACUAACAAACAUUCAAUACUUCAUAAUAAUUAGUUAAACUAUUCACUGAGAAAAAUGAAUAUACAGUGUCCCCAGCCUAUCUAAUGAAAUGAAAUUCAUACAUUUUAUAUAGAUGUCUAAAUAGAAUCUUAGGACACUUUAUGAAAGUAUUUGAAAAUAUAUAAAUCAAAGUUUAAUUACAUUUGAAUGUAGACCUUAAUAAACUAAUGACCUGUUAAGCAUUUUAUAUACGUUUGUUAACAUUAUUAAUGAAAGUUAUUAUAAAACUUUAUUUUAAAUUAGGAUAUUGAUAAUCAUUAACGUUUAAAGAUUUGUCCUUCUCUAAUUUGCAUUUACAUUUACUAUUAAUUGCCUUCUGGACCUUAUACAGUUUGUCUUUUGUAUGUUUUACUAUUUCUAAAAUAAAUAAAUGAUUUUUUGAA